AUGGAGCAGCAGGCCGAAUGCCGAUGUGACCCUGGAUUUACCGACAUCAGGCAAGGAUUCACAAAAAGCGAGAAUCGUAAAUCCAUUGGACUUAGCGACGACACACUGUGUAUGCAUGUGAGGGACGUGAACGAAUGCGCUCUCGGACUCACCAACUGCUCAGGAGUGGCUGAAUGCAUCGACCGACCGAUUGGCUACACCUGCAGAUGCCCAGAAGGCUACAUCGAUGGCAGUCCAGACGAGCCCGGUCGGGUCUGCGGAGCGCUGCUGUGCGAUCUGUGUAAUUCCCAUGGUGAUUGCGUCCACAACGCUCAAACCAACAAUAUCACAUGUGUCUGCAGUGAAGGUUGGAGCGGCGAGUUUUGCCAGGUCGCUCCAUCAAAUGCAUCACUGGUGCUGUUAAUCCUGCUCGCACUGCUGUUCCUUCUGCUCACUCUUUGUUGUCUACUCUACUUCUGCACCAAAUGUCACUGCUUCAAAGCUAGGGGAUUAGCCGGUGGAGCGCCAUUUGUCUACCGACGAGGGGGAGCGUGGCCAUGGUCAACCCUUGAAGGAUCGUCGUCUUCUGAAAGCGGAGCUGAGUUCUCAGCGCUCAGUGCCGGUGGUCACGACUACUACCCAGAAAUUGGAAUUCCGCGGGCAAAACUGAAGGCGGGCGCUGUUGCAGCUGACAGCGGUGCGAAGUCUAUGGAUGUCGCAAGACUGGAACAGUAUCUUACCGAAGGUGCCGUUCGCAUCCCUCGUGCUCAUCUUGUUGGUAGCAGUGGCCGUCUCAAUGAAUCCGUUGACAGCAUGUCCAGCGCUUCUAGUGAAUACACCAUAAAGGAAGAAAUCGAACGAAAGGUAAUCACUGAUGUGACAACAAAAGAAAUCAAGACCACAACGACCACUGACAGUGCCGGAAACGUUGUGACGACAACCGCUGAAACCUACGCCUAUCCACAACAUACUGUAUCCCAUGGAGAAAGUGCAGCAGAGGCAUCGCGUUCUUCCGUUAUGGUCGGAGAGUCUUCAUCAUAUGCAGCACGAAAUGCGGAAUACUCCAAUGCUUCAGCAUUCACUGACCGACAAUACCGUCAUUCUGGUGAGGAACGUGAGCGAGGUGAAAGCGUAGCGGAGUUCUCUAUUGGACGAGCCAAGUCGAAGGAUUAUUUGACUCGAGAACGCGAUCUUGUUGAAUAUUCUUCGGAGCAGGAUAUGUCGCAAUCCGAGGAGCAUGAGGUUGGCGACGUCCACACUCGUGUCACACACUCGCACCAUUACGAACCGAUAAGGAAUGGCGAAUCGGAGCGAUUCCGCUCAGAGGUGGUAACCAGCCAGAAAUCCACAUCGGUAACGAAGCACUAG